AUGUCAAUAUCUUACAAAGAGAGAAUUUCUAAAACACAUCCUGUUUUUAAACCAGAAAAGGGAAGGUAUUAUAUUUAUGGGGCCCUUGGAUGUCCAUUCACUCAUAGAGUCAUUCUUGCCAGGUCUUUAAAGAAAUUAGAAUCUGUUUUAGGGCUUGUAGUAUCUCACUGGCAAUUAGACUCCAAGGGUGCCCGUUUCUUACCUGCUCCAGAGCAUCCCGACGAAUAUAGAGAGAAAUUCUUUACUAGCGCUGGUGGCAUUCCUUCAGCCAGGUUAGACGAAUCUGAGGAGUUAGGCGAUGUGAAUAACGAUUCUGUAAGGUUAUUCGUGGAUGGUGCCUUUGAUCCGGUGGAAAACAUAUCAAGGUUGAGUGAGUUGUAUUAUUUGAAUGAUCCUGAGUAUCGUGGUACAAAGUUCACUGUGCCUGUUCUGUGGGAUUCUAAAUCAAAGAAGAUUGUUAAUAACGAAAGUGGCGAUAUCAUAAGAAUUUUAAAUAGUGGUGUCUUUGAUGAAUUUAUCGGACGUGAAGAAGCCAACGUAAUCGAUCUGGUUCCGCAUGAUUUAAUUCACGAGAUCGAUGACAAUAUCAAAUGGGUUCAUCCAAAUAUUAAUCUUGGUGUUUAUAAAGCCGGAUUAGCAGAAAGCACAAAGAUCUACGAAACUGAAGUAAAAAAACUAUUUGAGAACUUGCAGAAGAUGGAAUGCAUAUUAAAAGGCAAUUAUAGGCACUUAAAGGAGCAGUUCAAUGAUAAUAAAAAGGACAUUUUGGCUAAAUAUUUUGUUCUAGGGCAGAGAUUAACUGAAGCGGACAUCAGAUUGUAUGCAUCAAUUAUUAGAUUUGACGUCGUGUACGUACAGCACCUCAAGUGCAAUUUGAAAACCGUAAGGGAUGGUUUCCCGUACCUCCAUUUAUGGUUGAUUAAUCUGUACUGGAAUUAUGCGGAGUUUAGAUUUACUACAGAUUUCAAUCAUAUUAAGUUGUUUUACAUCAGGAUGGAAACAAGUAAGAACAAGAUCAAUCCGUUCGGUAUAGUGCCAUUAGGUCCGAAACCCGACAUUCCCAAGUUAUGA